AUGGCCCCAAACAAGCAAGAUACGAAGGCGUACAUCAAGACGCUCGCGACGCCGCCUCCCCCUGGGUCGCCAUAUGCUCUCCCGGUUCCCGGCACCGAGCGCCCGAAUCGCACACCCAUCUACCGGCAUUGGCGCUUCCAGAACGGCCCGCUGUUGGAAACGUUCGAUCCGGCGCACAGGACUGUCCACGACCUGUUUGAACACUCCGUUUCUCAGGGUCCCACCAAUAGGUGCUUGGGAUGGAGGCCUUGGAAUCCCGCUACCAAGACGUGGGAGCCCAAGUACGUUUGGUUGACAUAUAACGAGGUUGCUGAGCGAAGAAAGAAUUUUGGUGCGGGCAUCGUCGAGCUGCACCACCGAGUCGGCGUGAAGGAAGACAAAUAUGCCGUCGGUCUGUGGGCGCAGAACCGGCCUGAGUGGCAGAUUACCGAGCUGGCCCUGCUUUCGCAGUCGCUGUGGCCCGUCUCUCUGUACGAGACGCUCGGCCCGGAGACGACCGAGUACAUCAUCAACCACAGUGGAUUGACUGCCGUCGUCUGCUCGCUGCCCCAUAUCCCGACCCUGCUGAAGCUGGCGCCUCGGGCCCCUUCGCUGAAGCUUAUCAUCUCCCUUGAUCCGCUCGAGGCGGGCGAGCCGGCCGGGCACUCCAAGCUGUCGCUGCUCAACGCCACCGCGGCCAAUGUCGGCGUCCAGAUCUUCUCCAUGGCUGACGUGGAGGCCCUCGGUGCGCGGUCCGGCCGAGCUAUGCGCCCUCCCAAGCCCGACGAUGUCUUGACCAUCAACUACACUUCGGGAACCACGGGCGAUCCGAAGGGUGUCGUUAUCACCCACGCGAACGGCGUGGCCGGCAUCUCAGCAGCCCGAACCAACGAGACCAUCUCAGCCGGCGACGUCCACCUUUCAUAUCUUCCACUGGCGCACAUCUACGGCCGUAUGGCGGACCAGACUGCUCUGGCUACGGGCGCUAGCAUCGGUUACUUCCAUGGCGAUAUCGCCGCCCUGGUCGAAGAUAUGAAGAUCCUGCGGCCCUCUGGCUUUUUGUCCGUGCCCCGUUUGUACAAUCGGAUUAAUUCGGCCAUCCAGGCUGCGACGGUUCAGGCCGACGGGUUCAAGGGGACCCUGUCCCGGCGCGUCAUCGAGACCAAGAAGGCAAACAUGAAGCUGCCCCAGGGGCAGGCCUCGAACAAACACUUCCUCUACGACCGUAUCUGGACGCCCAAGGUUCUGGCGGCGGUCGGCCUGCAGCGUGCUCGCACCAUGGUCAGCGGCAGUGCACAGCUUGACCCUGACGUCCAGGAGUUCCUGCGCGCCGCCUUCGGCAACAACUUCAUUCAGGGCUUCGGAAUGACCGAGACCUACGCCGUCGGCACCGUUCAGGUGCGCGACGACUUUACCACUGGCAAUAUCGGACCCCCGUGCCCGUCGGUGGAACUGUGUAUCGAGUCGGUGCCGGAGUAUGAGUAUACGGUGGAGGACAAGCCGAACCCGCGCGGCGAGCUGUUGAUGCGGGGCCCCAUCAUCUUCAAGGAGUACUUCCGCAACCCAGAGGAGACGGCCAAGGCGAUUGAGCCGGACGGGUGGUUCCACACAGGCGACAUUGUCGAGGUAGACAGCAUGGGCCGCUUCAAGAUCAUCGACCGCAAGAAGAAUGUGCUCAAGCUCGCCCAGGGCGAGUACAUCUCGCCCGAGCGCAUCGAGAACGUCUACAUGGGCAGCACCAACUUGAUCGCCAUGGCCUUCGUGCACGGCGAUGCCAAGGAGUCGAGCCUGGUCGCUGUCUUUGGCAUCGAGCCCGUCCAGUUCGCCCCGUAUGCGAGCAAGAUCCUUAAGAAGAGCGUCCCCGCCGAUGACAAGGAGGCGCUCCGACAGGCAGCCAACGACCCCCGUGUCAAAGGCGCCUUCCUCAAGCUGCUGGACCGGAUCGGGAAGGAACACAGGUUCAAUAGUUUCGAGAAAGUCAAGAACUGCUAUUUUGAUAUUGAGCCGUUCACGAUUGAGAACGAGCUUCUCACGCCGACGCUAAAGUUGAAGCGGCCCCAAACUGCGAGGGCCUUCAGGAAGGAGAUAGACCGCAUGUAUGAGGAGCUUGCGGCCAACGCUGCUGAAAAGCCCAAGCUCUGA